GCUUUUAUUUUUUCCCCAUAUUCUUUCUUCUUCGUCCACUUUCAACCCUAUUCUAUUUGUAUUUCAGACUUUCUUCAGAUCCUUCAGUGAAGCUUUUUGCUAAUACAGAAACAAAAAUGGCAGCUCCUUUUCUUCUUGUAUUUUUCUUCAUUUCUCUCUUCUUACCUAACUCCGGCGGAAUAACUGCCGCCGGAAAAGACCAAGUCGCCUGCACAAUGUGCUCUUCUUGCGAUAAUCCUUGCCAGCCAGAUUCCUCUCCACCGCCACCGCCGUCGCCGUCUCCGCCGCCUCCAACCGGGCUAAAUUGCCCUCCGCCGCCGCCUACCGGAGGCGGUGGCGGUGUCUACUACUUCUCUCCGCCGCCUCCACUGCAGCAGUCCUAUUACCCGCCGGCGAGUGGCGGCGGCGGCGGCGCGUACUACCCAACCGCGCCGUCGAAAUAUCCUCCCGGAUACGCAGCUCCGCCGCCGCCAAACCCUAUUGUGUCGUACUUUCCUUUCUAUUACAACAACAAUUCUUCGUCUAAUGAUCACUCCGACGACGAUUACGACAAUUCCCAUUCCGACCAAUUCACAUCGUCUCUCUUAAUUUCUUCAACCUCCAUUUUAAUUUCCACUCUCUUCUUCUUCUUCUUCCUCUGAAUUAUGAAUCCGACACGACAAUGCACUAUGCGAAGAAGAACCACCUAUCAUUGGUCAGGUUUGUAGAAAUUUAAAAUUCUCCGAAGCUUCAGUUUAUGUACUAAAUCUAUAUAUAUAUAUUUGUUAAAUGUACAAGAACGAGAUGAUUUGUAGAACUGGAUUCACAUUACUGUAUCUAAAUUUCUGUUGAUAGAUAGAAUAUUCGAUUCCUUAA